ACGUUCUAUUCUAUGGCUACACUGGCUACACUCUAUGCCGGUACGAUGAAAGUUUAGAAUGAUGUGGGCUACCAUAUGCGCUAAUUUUGACGGUGAAACCACAGUCUUUGGUCAACGCAAUGAGGAGAAAGCUGGAUCUCAACUAUACGAGGUCCGUACGCAGUUUACAAUUUGUGCGGACUCGCCUGGCGUCGCAGUGAACCCAGCUGUCAAGGGCGUUGUUUCGCAGAAGCAUCUUGCGGUUGCGAUUGACGAUGUUGUCAACGUAUUCAAGCAUGGUAGCUUCCUCUUCUCUACGCGUUUCGACGCUGCCGUCGAUGCCGUCGCUUUGUGCAGCGACGUGCUGGAUGGACUUCUCAUUGUUGCGGAAAGAAGUGCCAACCUCCACAUAUUCACCGUCGAGUCUGCACAGUCCAUCGUCAAGCUACCAGUUCCUAGCACGGAAAAUGACGAUACCGCUGCACUAUUUCGUUCCGUGGACGUGAAGAAGAACGGUGACAGCUACACCGUGUGCGUGCUAACGGGACACCAUGUCAUAACAGCCACAAUCAGCAACGCCGUGAUCGCGCAGCUCGCAUCAGCGGACCAGCCAGACUUGUCGCCGCUCCAUAUCCGUAUUGUCGACGUUAACCAACACCCGGGACGAAAUGAUUUUAUGCUUUCUUUGGUGUCAAUGGCUAGCGCCUGUGUGUUGGAUGACGAUUUGUUGGUCACUGGUGGACAAGGAGCUGUUUGCUGCAUUCCCAUGGACGCCAACAGUUCGGCUUAUCGCAUCCUUAAUGACAUUGCUGGCGAACAGGUUCGUAAAAUGGUUGUAGUAGACAGCCUCUGCACUCUGCUUACUCUCACUGAAGGCAGCCGUCUCGUCACCAUCUGCUUGAAGACAUUCCUUAUCAAAGACAUUUGGUCAGAAAAGACUGUUGCGGACUUUGUUUUCUGCGAAGAAGCCGCCUCCAAAACCGAGCGUGGACCUGAGCUAGAAUGCAGAAUAGCGGUGCUCACAGCUAUUUCUGAAACUUCAACCAGAAGACUAGAGAUCUACAGCUUCCCUGACUUUUCCAUGCUGUAUGCAUUGGAAGUUAACGAGACCUGCCACAUGAUGGCAUUUUGUGACUCUUUAGAAAAUUUCUGGAUAGUUGAAGGCUUUAGUGAUAAUGAAGAAACUUUAACUGAGCUUAGAGUUCGGACGAUCAGCGAGGCACUCCCAGAAAAUCAUUUGAUGAAAUUGAUCAACAAAAACAAGUUUGCAGAGGCUGAAGAAUUUGCAAAGCUGUUGAACCUCUCUGUUGAAGAAGUACACUGGCACCACCUUCUGUACAUCCUCAAGAAUCUGAGUACCACGCUGACAGAUGCAUCGAUGGAUGAAGAGGAUGAACUUAAACUGGUACAUGAAGUUUUCAACUUGGUGAAGAUGCUUCCGGAUGUCCUACAAGCAGCUAGGUGCUGCAUUGAGACACCUGUUGCCUCACCUACUGUUGCAUCUAAGCUGUUACUCUUCUUGCAAGGACAUGUAUCGUCUGCAGAAGAUUGUGACAUUGAGGAGCGUGAUAGUUUAUCUGCUCAGAUUAUGUUGCUACUGAACAGAGCUACCACAUUCAGAUUUCUGUGUGACAGUGACUUUAAAAGUGACUGGUUUGCAUUUUCACAAGCUGACCUCAUCCAGGAAAUUUGUGUCCUUUUCAGAGAUGAUCACAUGCCUGCAGGAUUUUUCAUUUGGGAGCGCCAUCAGGAUGAGUUCUUGGGAGGCUUGAGCUGUGAUGUUGUAGAGCAUCUUUUAGAUGCCAUUCCAAUGACCGCGGAGCUCUCCUCCCUUUUACAGUGGCUUAAAGGCAGCUUUCUGCCUCUAAUGUUUGAGUCAUUGCCUGAGAGCCUUGAAUGCAUCUGCCAGUGGAUUGUAGAUAGAGUUCUGCGGAUGGAAGUCAGCAAUAAGUCGCUCUGGCCCUCUGGAGCCUUGGGACUUGUAAAGGUUGUCUUGGAUCAUUUUCAAAUGACCAGCGCAAUGGCAGACUGUUUGCCAUUGAAAACUUGGCUGGUCGUGCAUGGUGCGCCAAAAAGAAUAAGGGACAAGACAAGUGCAUUGAGCAAGCUGUACCGUCUCUCCUUGGAUCUCCAGAACCUUGAAGUUCUGUGGAGCAAAUACAAGUGUUGUCUCACCCUGCAAGAGCUGCAAAACACUGACAAGCAGGAGGUGGCAUUUGCAAUCCUCGAUGAAGCCAUUACAAAGCAGCAAGUUACAUCACUCGUGCAAGGAUUUCUGAUACAAUUUGUUGAAACCAGUGGGUUGGACAUUUCAAAUGUGCUGCAGUCCUAUGUUGACCAAGUGCUUUGCUACAAAGGUGCCAGUUUGAUGCAUGAUGAGCUUCUGGAAGACAAGAUGGUUGCCUUAGCAGCACUUAUUGACCACCCUCAUUGUUGGCUUGUGGCUGUGAAGAAGAUCCUCAGCCAUGCACAUGUGCCAUGGAGUGAAAGUAUUGAAGGGCUUGCAGAUCAUGGUUCCUUGCUGAGAGGCUCAGCUGCCAGAGAGAUUGACUACGAGAGGAAGCGAAUGCAGGCUAAAACAAUUCUGUUGAGCUAUGAUGUCAACUUGUUCCGAUCAAUGACACUCAGCAAUACUAGUACGCUGGUAAGAUGCAUUUUGCUUUCUGAAAAGCAAGAAGCGUUGCAGGAUGCUCUCACUGUCGCCAAGAACUUAGGUGACAUGUCGGAAAUUGAUGUCUUUUUGCUUUACCUGCAAAUGGCUUAUGUAAAAGCUGACAUUGAUAGAUUUGCUGAGGUCUUGCAGAGUGUCCCACAGGAGCUAUUCCUUGAAGUUGCUCCCAGACUGUCAGCAUUUGCAGAGCUACUCUUGAAACGUCACAAUAUAUACUCGAAGGUGAAAACUGCUGGCCUUAUGGAAUGCUGGCAAUACUUACUGAGUGUCUUGCAGCAGACUUCAAGUGCUAGUGCCUUCGAUUAUGAUACACUGCACCGUCAGGUGCGCCAGGGAAUGGUGCUGAGAAGGGACUUUGGCAUCACUGUUUCUGCCGCUGAGCUCUGUUGUGAAAGUGACAAGCAUGAAGUCUUGAAGCAAGGCUUCCAGAAAGUCUUGUUGAGUGAACCCGCACAAGGUCAAGACACAUGUAAGAAUAUCUGUAGAAAGGCGCUUUACCUUGCUGGGGUCUUGAAACUUGAUUCGCAGUCUGCCAUAGAGGUCAUGCUCACUUUGGUGCUUGAGCUUAAACGAGAUGACAUGGUGGACUCACUGUGCACUUGCCUGCUGGAACUUCACAACAUCCGAGAAACUAUACUUGUUAUCUUGCCCCUGAUAUUUUGUCAGUGUGAAGAUGUGUCGCACAUAGCUACUAACGUGCACAAGAUCGCUUCCCGUGUAGGACUGGCAUCCGGAGUUAACAAUGUCAAGAAGUGUACAAAUGUCGCUCUUUGGGCAGACAUUUUAGUGCAAGCCUCAGUUCCGCUCAGCGGUGUUGAUCAUUCUUCAACUGUUUCUGCAUGUGUAUGCUCGACCAAGGAACAGAAUUUUUUGCACAGUAGGCACGGGUAUGCACUGGACAAGAAGCAAAUGCUGAUGCACUUAGCUGCUCUUGGAAAAUCUGUGUGGAACUUCCUAGACAAGCAGCACGCAGAACUUCUUGAAGAAGUGAAGCUCCAUUUGCAAGCAACCUGCCAGUAUCUUAGCCAGAGGUCUCAAGAUGAGCUUUGCCUGUCUGUGGUUGCUACAGUUUUCCAGAUGUUUCUUGAUAUCCCACAGCAACAUUCAGUGCACAAAGCACUUCAAGAAGUUGCUGAACACCAUAUCAGCAAAAAUACAAUUUCAAUCGUGACCAGGGCUUCAGCUAGAAAACAUGCCGACAUGCCUUUCUUGAAGGGCUUGCUGUGCAACCUGCAACCUCGAAAGGCACUUGCAACGUUGAAGAAGCUUCUUGGUCAGUGCAACAGCAACUUCAGAUUGCUUAAAACUGUUGCUACUGUCGGUUUUGAAGUAUGCAGUGACUCAGCCCAGAAAUCUGCAUUUCGAGCUCUCGUGAAAGGUGCCUACUGGUGCCAGAAGUUGGCUAAAGCUGACAUUUCUUUUGCAGAUGCAAUGACAAACCAGAACCCUGCCAUCUUAAUGUCUGUUCUUGAGCAAAUGGAAAAGUCUCUGUUGAUUGAUGUUGAUGGCCUCAUGAGUUACUGCACUUCCUUUAACAUAAACAUAGAGGUAUCCCUUUCUCGAAGGCUUGAGUUCCUCCUGUGUACUCAAGCAGAAGACCCUUGUACUGAGGGCUGGAGCCUGCCACAAAUACUAGCAGAGGCUUCUCAUGUGCUUGAACAAAUGCCCAAAGUGUCGGUGCAAAAGGUUCUCAUGAAGACUCUAGCCAAGGUAAACCCAUACCACUAUGAAGUUUUGCGAUUUGGCUAUGACUACAUAAGAGCCAUUGAAGAAGGACCAGACAGCGAUGUUCAGAGGGAAAUUGAAAUACUGCACUUCCUUGAGUCCUAUGAAAGGUACAGCCCUCCUUCAGAACAGGAAAUGGACUUGUGGUGUGAAGAAUAUCCGGUGGCUGAGAUUUCGUCUCUCAUGCAAUCAAGACUACCAUUUCGCCAUUUGCUUAAGUCAUCAUUGUGGCACUUCAUCACCAAUGAGUUGCACCCUGAAACUGCGGAUGCAUGGCUGAAUGUUGCAGACACACUUAGGCUGAAUAAGGAUGACAUCCGGUUCAUUGCUGUGGAUAAUGCCAUUCGUAUAUGGAGUGCACAAAAGCAUAAGGGAAACAUACUAGAUGUAGCAUUUCUUUCAAGUGUCAAGAGACUGAUAGCGCAGAUGAACAAGAAGGACAAGGCUGUUGCAUGCCUGAUGAAUCUUCUAGAGAACUUGCCAAAAGGCCCAACAGCCACGAGUGUAGCUAAGGAGUGUGCUACAUUGCCUGAUGCAUUUUUUGUAUCUGGUGAGGUGAAAUCUAAAGUGAGUGAUGCAAAGAUGAAAUUUAGGAGGAAGUACAUAAAGCAACGAAAUGAACAACUACUCAAGCAGCACAGUUUGAACUCUUCUUCGUACUUGGCACUCUGUGGCAAAACAACAGACCUUGUAGCUGCAUUGCUGGAGGACACAAGGUGGCACCUUGUUUUUUCUGAUACAUCAGUACUUUACAGCUGCAUAAACCAGAUUGCUGCGACUGAUGAUGUCGUCUCGGUAGACUUUUCCAGUCUCCUUGAGAAAUCUGUAACACGGUGGCUAGGGUUCCAGGCCUCUGAAUAUACUGGUGAUGAAAGUACCUUGGAACCUUAUUUGCAGGCGAGUCAUGUGGGCAGUGCAAAAAGAUUUGCAGGUUUCAUCACCAUUGUUCAUCUAAUGCAGCAUAUUCCAGAGCAGAUGAAGGAAGUGCUUUCUUGCAUCGCAUCAGUGAGUGAUGGCUUUGUUGGGCUGAGACCACGUGUCCUCGCCACGAUGUGCAUGCUAGCUGGUUUCGGAAUCUCGGAUCCCACUCUUCUUAAUAUGCCGCAGAAUAGCGGUGUAUCCAACCUGGAGGAAUUGAGAGCUUUGUCUUACAAAGCCAGAUUACAACAGCUUGGCAUACCACUCCCGUCUUCGGGUCUUGAUGCAGAUGGUGCCUCUGAAAUUGUCAGUGCAGCCCUCCAGUUACAUAACCACAACACUGUGGCACUAGAGUUGGUGGGCAACCUCUGCAUUGAGUAUCAUGUGCAGGCAGCGCCAACUUGGGAAGCAUUUCUGUCAGCUGCCAUUAGUGCUGGUGCAACUGAUGUCAUUUGCCGUGUUUUGCCCAUGCUGGGUGGCCAUCCGCUGUUGUGGUCCAAACCAGCAUUCAUCUGUGCGUGGCAGUAUAUACUUCAGAGCGCACCAGCCUCACUGUUUGGUGCAUCAAGUGGACUGCUGCAGUUGUUUCUUCGCUGCCCAUCUGUCCAAAGUCUUCCACCCUUGCUUCACGAAGAUGAUGUUUACUGCGAUCAAGAGGGCGUCUUGUUCUACUUUGUGUACAUGUUGUUGAGAGAGUCGGGAAGUGUUCAGUAUAGUGCAAGAAAAUUGCUAAAGCAGUUUUCUUCAAGGUUACUGAAGUUGCUGAUAGCUUGUAAAGAUCAGGUGAACAUUUUAAAACUUCCAAGCACAAAUCGAGUUUUUGGGGAGAUGCUUUAAUUGCUUUUUUUUUUGCUAACAAAGGUAUGACUUAACUGUGAUGGAACUGUACCUCAACAAAACUGUGACUCUGGUGGAAGUUUUGUUGCCAUUGACAACAUGGUAUUAAACAGAAGUUUGAUUUUUCCAUAUUUGCAGUUGUAUGUC